AUGGCUACAUCAUCAUCAUCAUCAUAUGGUGCACACGUGCGUUCAACAAGCUGGCCCGAAAACGUUCAUCCUCUGUCUCGAUCCAUCGAAGAUCAUCUCCUGAUACUGAAGAAAAGUCCAGAGUCUGCUUGUCGGAAACUCGUAGUUUUAAAGAAUAUGUACGAGGUGGUUGAAGUUUUCCUACGUCUUCAAUCGUCAAAAACUCAAAAAGCAUUUCUAGAAGAUGUCUCCGACGGGUUUCUCGAGGUUCUUGAUAUCUGUGGCACGAUCAGAGACGUUUUGAUGGAGAUUAAAGAGCAGGUCAGAGAACUUGAGUCGAGCUUGAGGAGGAGAGUGAUCAGAAGCAGAUUAGGAGGAGAUCAAGAGGCUUUCUUGACACGUGAGAUCGAUGCAUACGUGUUUAAGAGAAGAGUCUUGAGCAGAAAGAUCGGUAAGCAGUUGAAGAUGAAGAAUAAAAACAAGAAGAAGAAAGAUUGUGGAGGUGCCAUUAAUGUGAUGAAGAAAGUUAAGGAGACGAGUUUCGAUGUUCUUGUUUCUUUGUUGAUGGAAGUGGUGACGGCAAAUCAUAAGCAGAUAUCAAGAAGUGGUUGUAGAGGAAUCAUGUCAAGGAUGUUUAACAAGAAGAAUCAAGAAGUUGAAGGAGGUGAGCUGAAGAAGCUGAGAGAAACAGAGAUAAUGAUUGAAGCAACAGAAGGAGAGUUGGAGUGUGUGUAUAAGAAACUGUUGAAGACGAGAGUUUCUCUUCUUAACAUGCUUACUCUUUGA